AUCAAUUCUGAAAUGUUUCCAAUAAGUAAGAACGACAAAUAAAUCGUUGAAUAUUAUAUUUAACUACGAAAACAUUUCAUUGAUACUAAAUCGGAUUGCCGCGUAUCGAUAUGGCGCAUACCAUUGCAAUUCUAUCCACGAUUCCUAAGUUAUCUUACCAUAUUCGAAUGCAACUUCCAAAGUCAACGAUAUGCGAUGUUUCGCCAGUUUCAAAAGAUCAAAAUGACACGUUGUCGGAAUUAAAAUGUGCGGACAUAAUCGUAACAGAUUGCGAUUUAUUUUUACCAUAUAUGGAUAAAUUACCAUCGUUAAAAUGGGUACAGACAACGUGGGCUGGCAUCGAGACGUUCGUUUCACGUUUACAAAAUAACAAAAAAUCUAAUUACGUUAUUACAAGAUUCUCUGACAAAGCCUUUGGGUUUGCCAUGUCCGAGUACGUGACAGCACAUAUUUUUAAUUUUGAACGCGAUCAGAGGCAACAAUACGAACAACAAAGAAAUUGUAAUUGGGAGAAAAGUGGAAAAAUUUCUAAUCACAGAUUGAUUUGCGAUCUAUCUGUGGGAAUUCUAGGCUUAGGAAACAUAGGAAAAUCAAUAUGCCUAAUUCUUGCAGUUGGACAGAAAUUGAAAACGUUCGGGGCUACUGUGUGGGGAAUAACACGGACACCACUUAAAGAAAAAUUAGAUUACAUUGAUGAACAUAGAACAAUUGAAUCCCUACCUGAAAUGCUCACGCAUUGCGAUUAUAUUGUUAAUGUUCUACCAUCCACACCUAAUACUAUAGGUUUAUUGAAUGGAAAUGUAUUGCAAAACUGUAAAAACAGAGGCAGUGUCUUCAUCAAUAUAGGCCGGGGUACGAUCAUUAACGAAGUAGAUUUAUUAAACGCCAUUCAGCAACAGUGGAUUUCUGGAGCAAUACUGGAUGUUUUUGAAGAAGAACCACUGUCAAAAGAUAGUAAAUUGUGGUCAAUGCCACAGGUUACUAUCUCACCACACAUUUCAGGCGUGACUCGUCCCCAGGAUGUUGGCAGACUUUUCGCUGAGAAUUAUCAAAGAUUCAUUAAAGGUGAAACGUUGUUAAAUACGGUAAAUUUACAAGAAGCAUAUUAGUUAUUUAAAAGAUUCAA